AUGUCUGAUCCUGAAUCGUCCUCGAGCAUGCUGCGAAGGAGUACGCGUCUGGUAGCCGCUGCAAUAACACAAACCGUGUCUCAUAGCCCGACCCCACCUAGCGCUCCUCUGCGACGAGUCCGGACGGUCAGCAAGUCCACCGCCGUAGCAGAGGAUAGGAGGGUGGACGGCGUCCCGAGAAGGGCGGCUAAGCGGGCGAAAGUGGAGGUGGCUGAAGCAGAGGAAGGAGUGAACGGUGUGACAGCCAAAGAGACUGGCAGUUCCUUAAGAAAAAGGAAGUCUGAAAAGAAAACUCUGCCGCAGGAGGACGAGGAUACAGAUAUCCAGGAGACAAAACGUAAACGUAAAGGCAAGAAGAAGAAAGCCGAACCUGAGCCCGAACCUUCUCUCUCCGACUUUGCACCCCGACCGGUCAGCGACUGGAAAUUAGGUGCCCACGUCUCCGCUGCCGGAGGUGUUGAGAAUACGCUCGUCAAUGCAGCGAGAAUACGGGCUAACUCGUUCGCACUAUUCCUUAAGUCCCAGCGCAAAUGGACAGGGCCCGCGCUUACAGAAGAGUCUAUAGCGAAAUUCAAGCUGCGGCUCGGCAGCUUGGGCUACUCUCCCCAGGACAUCCUUCCGCAUGGGAGCUACCUGAUAAACCUGGGCAACCCCGAUGAAGGUAAACGCGUGAAGGCCUAUGAAUGCUUCUUGGAAGAGCUCCAGCGAUGUGAGGAGCUCGGGCUCCUCCUAUACAAUUUCCAUCCAGGUUCGACCGUCGGCGCCGUGCCGAUGGAUACAUCCCUCGGGUACAUCGCAGAAUGCUUAAACCGCGCACACAAAGAGACGAAGUCCGUCGUUACCGUCAUCGAAAAUAUGGCGGGUGCAGGCAAUGUGAUCGGCUCUGCGUUUUCCGACCUCGGUGGGAUUAUCAAGCAGGUGAAGGAUAAGAGCCGGGUUGGGGUGUGCCUUGAUACUUGUCAUAUGUUUGCUGCCGGCUAUGACAUCAGGACCAAGGACGGCUGGCGCGCAAUGAUGGACGAGUUCGACGCCGAAGUAGGCAUGCAAUUCCUCCGAGGCAUGCACCUCAACGACUCCAAAUGCGAUCUGGGCUCCAUGAAAGACCGCCACGAGAAUAUCGGACUCGGCUUCCUCGGCCUCAGAACCUUCCAUCACAUCCUCACCGAUCCCCGCACGCGCGGGCUCCCACUUGUGAUGGAAACACCGCAGUACGACGAUGUCGCAGUGUGGCAGAAGGAGCUGGAGGUGCUCAACCGCCUCUCGACCCUCCCUCAUCCCGACGAGGAGGUGCUCGCGGGCUGGACGGAGGAGAUCAGGGCGGUCGUUAAGGAGGCUAGUGUGGCCAUGGAGAGGAAGAAGGAAGCGACGAAGGUGAAGAUGGCAGCAAGGAAGAGGAAGGCGCAAGAUGAUGUGGAGGUUAAGGAGGCGGAGUUGUCGGAGCUGAGUGAUCUCACUGAUGAGGAUGAAGCUGAACUAGAGACGCAGAACACUGCUGCGUAAGCCGUUAAUGAAGCCCUUCCUGUUGCACAUAUUGCACCUCUUCCCGAAUAUGCAACAGACAGAUAUCCACGUGAGCGAGG